AUGGCGGAGCAAAACGAAUCCAAGCAUAUUGUCGAACACGAAGUUGAGCAAGAUGAUCAACAAGGCGCAUCGAGAACUACCGACGCAUUCGACCUUCGACGCCUCGAACGUGACCCCGAUCCUAUGCAGUACACAGAUGAGCGUCGGCUGCGUAACCAGAUAUUUUGCAAAGCCCGAGAUCUUUACCUUGCGCCGGCUACUGCACAGCUCAUUGAUGGACUCACAGAGCUCCAGGCCCAUCUCGCAGUCAUGGUAGGCGGAGAACUCGGUGUCUAUCGAGCGGACUUGUUGAUCUUUGAGCACAAUGGGAUUGUCCUGGGCCAGCCAGAAUCUACGAGAGUAGAGGCACUGCGAAAGCUGCUAGAGAGAUUGACGGAUCACUGGGAUAAUUGGCAGCUGAACCUGGCUCUUGCUGGACAAUGA